AUGAAAAUGGGUAUAAAAAGCAGUGCUCGUGGUCCAGUAAAUCAUUCCACAUCUUCUCUGUCUUCGCAGCAGUUACGGAUAGCCACCAAGCCCACUUUCAAACUCAGAGCCAUGGCCUUCAAGUUCUUCGCUGUUCUCGCCCUCGUUUCGGCUGUCAGUGCCGGAGUCCUUCCCGUCCAGCAGGUGUACCAUGCCGCCCCCGCCGUGGCCACCUACGCCCAUGCCCCUGUUGCCGUGGCCCACGCCCAGCCGGUUCUGACCAAGGCCGCCGAGGAGUACGACCCCCAUCCCCAGUACAAGUUCGCCUACGAUGUGCAGGACGCCCUCUCCGGCGACUCCAAGAGCCAGGUGGAGGAGCGCGAUGGCGACGUGGUCCGCGGAGAGUACUCCCUGAUCGAUUCCGAUGGUUUCAAGCGCAUUGUGCAGUACACCUCCGACCCGGUCAACGGAUUCAACGCCGUCGUCAACCGCGUGCCCCUGGAUCAUGUGAAGACCGUGGUGAAGACCGUGGCUCCCGUUGCUGCUGCCCCAAUCCCAGUGGCCUACCACCAGCACCACUAAGGAUCUAUC